UUCGGAGACGGCGGCGGAGCGGCGGCGGCGCACAUCACAGGCAGGAAGAUGGUGAAGGAGACGGGCUACUACGACCUGCUGGGCGUGCGGCCGGGCGCCAGCCUGGACGAGAUCAAGCGGGCGUACCGGCGCCUGGCGCUGCGCUACCACCCCGACAAGAACCCCAGCGAGGGCGAGCGGUUCAAGCAGAUCUCCCAGGCCUACGAGGUGCUGUCGGACGCCCACAAACGGGCGCUGUACGACCGCGGCGGCGAGCGGGCCAUGAAGGAAGGGGGCCUGGGCGGCCGCGGGGGCGGCGGCGGCUUCGGCUCGCCCAUGGACAUCUUCGACCUCUUCUUCGGAGGGGGAGUGAGGAUGCGCGGCCGGGCAGACAGGAGAGGGAAGACCGUGGUGCACCAGCUCUCGGUGUCGCUGGAGGAUCUGUACAACGGCUCCACACGGAAGCUGUCCCUGCAGAAGAACAUCAUCUGCCGCAAGUGUGGAGGCUGCGGGGUGCGGGAGGGCGCCCAGAGGAGGUGCCCCAAGUGCCACGGCUCGGGCAUGGAGGUUCGCAUCCACCAGCUGGGGCCCAGCAUGAUCCAGCAGAUCCAGACCGUGUGUUCCCAGUGCCAGGGCCAGGGCGAGUGGAUCCGGCCCCGGGACUGCUGCCUCACCUGCAACGGCCGCAAGGUCGUGCGGGAGAAGAAGAUCCUCAGCGUGCACCUGGACAAAGGCAUGAAGGACGGGCAGAAAAUCACCUUCCACGAGGAAGGGGACCAGGUGCCCGGCCUGGAGCCCGGGGACAUCAUCAUCGUCCUGGAUCAGAAGGAGCACCCUGUUUUCCGGCGCAGCGGCGACGACCUCAUUGUCAGGAGGGAGAUCAGCCUGGCAGACGCCCUGUGUGGGUGCCGGCAGGUGAUCCGCACCCUGGACAACCGCACCCUGCUCGUGUCCUCCCCGCCAGGUGACGUGAUCCGGCCCGGGGACCUGAAGUGCAUCCCCAACGAGGGCAUGCCCGUCUACAGGAGCCCCUUUCAGAAAGGAAAACUCAUCCUGCAGUUCGAGGUGAAGUUCCCCGAGCCGGGCUGGCUCCCCGCGGACCGCCUGCGCCAGCUGCAGGCCUUCUUCCCGCCGCAGGAGGAGGUGAUGGCCACGGAGGACACGGAGGAGGUGGAGCUCAGCGAUUACACGGCGCACGGGGGGCCGGGCCGCCGGCCCUACAGCGGAGAGGCUUACCACGAGGACGACUUCGAGGACGGGAUGCGCCAGCACGUUCAGUGCCAGACCUCAUAGCGGGGGCGGCCCGGAGCCCCCCGGGCACAGGCAGGGCAGGGCCGGGGAGGGGCUGGCGGAGCCACCACCCUCAGGGAUGUUCAUAGGUCGCCUUUCCGACAGCACUUCGCCUCCCCGGCAGCUGGCAGAGCCCCCCGCCCUGCCCUGCCUGGGGCUCGGGGGGCGUGUGGCGGGCUCCAGCGCCGGUGGGCACAUCCCAGCCCUGGCCGGAGAGGAGGAGGGGGUACCCGAUGCUCCUGCCUCAGUUUCUCCAUCUGCUGGGUGGGGCCAAGCUUGUGCUGGAGCCAAGGCGGGGAGGAGGGGAGCUGCCCACCCCUUUGGGGAUGCCCCACUCCCAGCCCCACACUGGGGGCCUGCUGCCCGGGCCCCCAGCUCCUUGCUUUGCCCAUUUCUUUCCUUACUGGAGCGUGGCUCAGGCCUGGGAUGCAGAGGGGGUGGCUCUUUUCUCUUUGCACAGGACAGGAGGGGUUGUGGGGUGGGCCCGUCCCUUCCUUUUAAUUUAUUUUUGGAAGAAUUUUAGAAGUUUUUCUUUUUUUUUUUU